GGAGAAGAAACUUUAGUCCGUCCACGCCGUCAUAAGCGGUCCCUGAGGAAUUAUUAGUAUGACUAAGUGUCAACCCUUUAUUUUUCCGCGGCAGAUUAUUCCGUGUUGACACUGUGCCACAUGCGCUAGUCCUAAUAUGGCGACUAGAUCCUUAUUUAUCCACUUCGGGUUGCUGAGCCACAGACUAGCAUCAUGGUAUUUUUUUUUUUUCGUGACCCUUUUUUGUUCCGGUUGUCGGAACGCGAUUGCUUGGCCUGUGAUUAUGGGGUUCGAUUUUAGUGUUUUCUUUUGGUCCCUUGGUUGUGGUUCGAGCGAUCAGUGGAUUGCAUCUGUGUUGCCCUACAGUAUACCAACUCCUUUUGGUAGGUAGUAUUGUACUCCAAUGACACUUAUGUUAGUCGUACCUAUAGUUGGGGAGGGUGGUCAUUAUCACGUAGGUCAACGGAUAGUAUACCGUAUUCUAGACCGGACGGUAAAAUAUACCCAUGAACAGUACUUGUGGACAUCCGUACAUUAGG